AUGAAUUUAAUAAUUGCUUUAAAAUUUUAUAUUACUCGAAUGACAGAAGACAGUGGUCCUGCGAAGGCUCCACGAGUUUUACUUCGGCAUAAAGAAAGUAGAAGAGAAUUUGCUCGUACAAAUAUUGGUCAAGAUUGGAAUAAGAUAAGUAUAGUAAGUUCGGUAUACAGUCAAUCGGAAAUAUUCAUGAAAGAAGUUUAUUUAUUUGAAAAAAUUGAUUCAAAUGUUCGUAGUGAAGGUUUAAAGCAUUUAAAAUGUAUAGUUUUUAUAAGACCAACCAAAGAAAAUAUUGAAUACCUCUGCAACGAAUUACGAUACCCUAAAUAUGGUACCUACUACAUUUAUUUCAGUAAUAUUAUUGCAAAGGCUGAUAUCAAACUUUUGGCUGAAAGUGAUGAACAAGAAGUAGUGAGAGAGAUUCAUGAAUAUUAUGCAGAUUAUUUAGCUAUAAGCCCACACUUAUUUUCGCUUGGAAUUUCUACAUGUUCACAAGGUUUGUUAUGGAAUCCAGUUCAACUACAUAGGACCGUUUUAGGCAUAAUUUCGGUGUUAUUAUCGCUUAAAAGAUGUCCUUAUAUACGUUAUCAAAGUAGUUCUGACAUGGCAAAACGAUUGGCAGAAAGAGUACGUGAAGUAUUGAAUAAAGAAUCAAAUUCAUUCGAAUUUAGACAAGAUUCUAGUCCAAUUUUGCUAGUACUUGACAGAAGAGAUGAUCCUGUUACACCAUUAUUGCAUCAGUGGACUUACCAAGCAAUGGUUCAUGAAUUAUUAACUAUUACUAACAAUCGUGUCAAUUUAUCACACGUGAAAGGUAUUUCAAAAGAAUUACAAGAAGUCGUUCUUAGUGCAGAACAUGAUGAAUUUUUUGCAAAUAAUUUGUAUCUUAACUUUGGUGAAAUUGGACAAACAAUAAAGGAAUUGAUGGAUGAAUUUCAAAGAAAAGCUAAGAAACAUCAAAAACUAGAAAGUAUAGCUGAUAUGAAAAAUUUUGUAGAAACUUAUCCAUUAUUUAAGAAACUGUCAGGAGCUGUAGCAAAACAUGUAACAUUACUUGAAGAUCUAUCUUCAAUUGUGGGAAAACGUAAUUUAUUAAAAGUAUCAGAAUUGGAACAAGAACUUAGUUGUCAAAGUGACCAUUCCAUGCAGCUGCAAAAAAUAAGAGAACUUAUUAACAGUCAACAAGUACAAGAAAUGGAUUGUGUAAAAUUAGUCAUGCUUUAUGCACUUCAUUAUGAAAAACAUACCAACAAUGAUAUUAAUGGUUUGUUAAAUUUAUUAAAACUUAGGGGUGUUUCAGAAAGACAUAUUAAGCUUGUAUAUAACAUACUAGAAUAUAGUGGAAUUAAUGCAAGACAAAGUAAUUUAUUUGAUCGAGAAUCAGUAGUCAAAAUUACGAAAAAAUUAUUCAAAGGUUUAAAUGGAGUGGAUAAUAUUUAUACCCAACAUACACCUUUACUAAAUGAAACACUUGAAGACUUAAUAAAAGGAAAGCUAAGUUUACAAACAUUUCCUUAUCUUGGAAAUACAUUGAUGUCAAAAAGGCCUCAAGAUAUCAUUGUUUUUAUGAUUGGAGGAACAACGUAUGAAGAAAGUCUAACUGUCUAUAAUUUAAAUAAACAAAACCAUGGAAUAAAAAUUAUUUUAGGUGGUACUACUAUUCACAACUCUGCAAGUUUUCUAGAGGAAAUACAGCAAGCUACAUCAGGCAUC